AUGGCUCUAGCAAGAGAGAAGAGGCUUCCGCCACUCCACCUCUCGCUGAAGGUCCCCUCCCGCGCCGCCGUCCAGGAGCCAGAAGCCUUCCGGCACCCCAACCCUCCUCCGGCCGCCGUGCCGCAGUCCGCCUCGACUCCGCUAGCCCGGUCGAGCCAGUUCCGCCUCGCCGACUUCGACAAGCUCGCCGUCCUGGGCCGCGGGAACGGCGGCACCGUGUACAAGGUUCGCCACCGCGAGACGUGCGCGCUCUACGCGCUCAAGGUCCUGCACCAAGGCGACGCCGCCGCGGAGGCGGACAUCCUUAGCCGCACCGCCUCGCCGUUCGUCGUCCGGUGCCACUCUGUCCUGCCGGCCACCUCCGGCGAUGUCGCGCUGCUCCUUGAGCUGGCGGACGGCGGAUCGCUCGACUCGGUCAGGAGCCGCUGCGGGGCAUUCCCGGAGGCCGCGCUCGCGGAGGUGGCGGCGCAGGCGCUGUCCGGGCUGGCGUACCUCCACGCCCGCCGCAUCGUGCACCUCGAUAUCAAGCCGGCGAACCUUCUCGCUACAACGACCGGGGGGGUCAAGGUCGCGGACUUCGGGAUCGCCAAGGUCCUCUCCCGCGCCGGCGACCACUGCACGUCGUACAUGGGCACCGCCGCGUACAUGAGCCCGGAGCGCUUCGACCCGGAGGAGCACGGCGGGCACUACGACCCCUGUGCCGCCGACGUGUGGAGCCUCGGGGUCACCGUCCUGGAGCUCCUCAUGGGCCGCUACCCGCUGCUCCCUGCCGGGCAACAGCCGAACUGGGCGGCGCUGAUGUGCGCCAUCUGCUUCGGCGAGCUGCCCGCGCUGCCCGACGACGCGGCAUCGGCAAAGCUCCAGGAUUUCUUGGCGGUGUGCCUGCAGAAGGACUACCGCAAGAGGGCGUCCGUGGCGGAGCUUCUUGCUCACCCGUUCGUAGCCGGGAGGGACGUCACGACGUCGAGAUGCGCACUCCGGAGACUGGUCGCCGGCGAGGCCUAG